CUCGGCAGAAACCGUGUCGCCAUGAGAGCAACUUCUGCAAAGUGAGGGAUGAAACGUCCCAGCGUUGGCAAACAAAGGAUUUUGCCGUCGCAGACAGUGGUCAUUUACGGAAUUGAUUUCAGCGGGGCGGCAGAUGCUGGCAAAAAGAUGUUCGUGGCCAAGUGUGCGCUUUUGAAGAAACCUCCAGACCUGACGUUGCUGGUUCAUUCCGUGUUACCUGCCCGGCAGCUUCCUGGUGGAGGCUUGAGCCCCCAGGAUGCAACUGCUGCAGUGAGGAGUGAGUUGAUGGCAGCCACAAAGGAUCAGACAGUCGUGGUAGGAGUGGAUAGCCCACCAGCCAUCGCCAAGGAAUUUAUGACGGGCAACUGGACCACAUGGGCCAGGCGUUUUUCCAAGAUCUACCAGACCCCUGACGCGUUCCGGGAAGCGACCUCGGUCUUUGACGGAAUCAAGCGACGCGAACCCAAGCGCCGGACCGACGUGGAGCAUAAGACGCCGCUGCCGCCACAAAAUUUGAGGAUGUACAAACAGACCUGGUGGGCGAUCCAAGGCAUUUUUGCACCUUUGUCGCAGCAAGGAUUCUGUGUUGUCCCAUGCAUGGACUUUUCGGGUAGCCACGUUUUGAUGGAGAGUUGCCCAGCUUCUGUGCUAAAGCGCCUGGAGCUUUACACAGAACCCUACAAGGGCAAAACUGCAAAGCAUGGCCGAAGGCGACGGGUGAUCUUGGAUCGUUUGAAGAGAGGUGUACCCAUCGGGAGAAACAGCAAGAGCCUGCUAUCGGUGCAGAUGGCUGAUCCGAAGUUGCUUCCAGCCCUGGUAGCCGACUCGGGUGCCGAUGCUUUGGAUGCGGUGCUGGCGGCUCUGGGGGCUGCCUGCUCCAUUUCUCGCGAGGAUUUUCCGGCGCCGGAGGAUGGAAAGAUGUUGGACAUCUACAAAUUGGAGGCGUGUGUGUAUUGUUGACAUCUGCUACAGCACUUGCUGGAUUUUCGGGCGAAGCAGCCUUUGACGCAGGUACCGUUCGCUUUAAAA